UAGCGUGUUUGCUCCAGCAUCCAGGCAUCAAAGGCACGAGAUACCAAAUACAGUAACGUAUCUGCUUCUUUCUCUCGCUUACAAGUACUCGUAGCUAGUAGCUAGCUAGUGACACUCAAAACACCUCAGAGUACGUGGAAGCACAUAGAGACAGAGUCGAGAUCUAGAGAGAUCGACUGAGAGAGCCGAUAACACAAAAUAGCAUAUACUUACGCACUAUGAAGGUUAAGAUCGAGAGCUCCAAGAUCGUGAAGCCGCUGUACGACGACGGCACGGCGGCGCCGCCGCCCGGCGCCGGCGGCGAGUGGUCGCCGCUUUCGGUGUUCGACAAGGUGACGUACACGGAGCACGUGGCGCUCAUCUACGCGUUCAGGCCGCCAAGCCCGCCCAACAGCGACCUCGAGCUGGGCCUCGCCAAGGCGCUGGCCGUGUACCGGGAGAUGGCGGGCCGGCUCGGCGACGGGCCCGACGGGCUGGGCCGGUCCGUGCACCUAAACGACGCCGGGGCCCGGUUCGUGGAGGCCUCCGUGGACGGCCCGCUGGCCGCGUCGUUGCCGCUGUUGGUGAGGCCGUCGCCGGUGCUGAAGCGGCUGCACCCGAGCAGCAUCGACGACGACGACGGGCGCCCCGCGGAGGAGCUGGUGCUGGUGCAGCUCACGCGCUUCUCCUGCGGGUCGCUGGUGCUGGGCUUCGCGGGCCACCACCAGAUCGCCGACGGCCAGUCCGCGGGCAACUUCCUCGUGGCCUGGGGCCUCGCCACGCGCCGGAUAUCGCCCGUGGCGCCGGCCCCCGUGUGCGACCGGGCGACCCGGUUCGCGCCCCGCGACCCGCCGCUCGUGGCGUUCCCGCACCGCGAGACAGAGUACAAGCUGCCGCCCCUGCAAGCCAAGAAGAAGCACGAGACGGACGAGGAUGAUGAUGAGGAGGAGUUUGCGGAGACAGCGGCGCACGAGAAGGUGAAGGUGCACAAGAUGCACCUGAGCAAGGAGUUCGUGGCGCGGCUCAAGGCGCGGGCGGCAGCGGCAUCAUCCUCGCGGGGGUACACGACGUUCCAGAGCGUCGUGGCGCACCUCUGGCGCGCGAUCACCGCGGCGCGCGGGCUGGGCGCCGGCGUGGGCACGAAGGUCCGGAUCUCCGUGAGCGGCAGGACGCGCAUGCGCCCGCCCGUCCCGCGGGACGGCUACUUCGGGAACCUCGUGCUCUGGGCGUUCCCUCGCGCGGACGCGGGCGACCUCGUGGCGCGUCCUCUGGGCCACGCCGCGGAGCUCGUCCGCGCUGCCGUGGCCGCCGUGGACGACGCCUACUUCCGCUCCUUCGUGGACUUCGCGUCCUCGGGCGUCGUGGAGGCCGAGGGGCUCGUGCCCACGGCGGACAGCGACCAGACGGCGCUCUGCCCGAACCUCGAGCUGGACACGUGGCUAGGGAUCAACUUCUGCGACCUGGACUUCGGCGGCGGCUGCCCGUUCUACUUCAUGCCGACGUACUUCCCCAUGGAGGGAAGCCUGUUCCUGGCGCCUUCCUUCCUUGGCGAUGGCGGCAUGGAGGCCUACGUAUCGCUCUUCGACAACCACCUCGAGGAGUUCAAAAAGAUAUGCUACAAGAUCGCUUGAUUAUCUUGAAAGCUAGCUGCAGGUGUGGUUAUUUUUAUGACAAGCUGAUUAAUCGAUCCUCGUGUUAGUCGUACCUAGCUACAUGCAUGUUAUCCGUGCACCAGUGCAUGCAUGAGAGUGUACUAAUCGAGAGAUCGGCAGGGUCGAGUAUUUGCAUAGAUAGGCACACUACGUGUCCUUCGUGACAUGUGGUUUGCACGUGUACCCAGUACUGUACACUUUUUUCCAAAUUUUAAUAAGGGUCCAAAUUACAUGGUCAGUCUUUGGACGCAUGUGGCACCUAAUUUCGCUGCAGUUAUACACUAGUAAAGGUGCCAAUUGAGUA